CCGUGUCUGCAGUCUUCACCAGCUGCCUGAUGGUUGAGGGUGGGCCGGGGGUCCUACAGAGGAUCAGGCAGCGUUGGGGUAGCGGACCAGAACCAGAAGGAUGUGAUGAGUAUUUAAAGCUGCUUCAGUCAGUAGCUUCUUCUGAGAUCUGGAUCAGGCUCUAAAGAUGAGAAGAUGACCUCAGGUCAUCAGCUUUGUUGUGUUUUCACUGAAUUACCUACCAGACAGAAUGAACUCUCCUCACAGCCGCCUGCUGCGCUCUGAAGCAGACCUCCAUCCGGCCAAUCAAAACACAUCCAGCAGAGGGGGGGGGACUUCUCCACACUUACAUGGCGUUUGCUGCUGCUCUCCGGCCGGAUCCAUGGCGGUCAGUCCUCUGGAGGGUCUCAUGUCAGUGACAGUGAAGCAGCAGCUGGGAUCCAGCAGCGCUGCAGCCGACCGCCCAGCAUCCCUGCAGGGACCCAGAGACAAAUCCAGGAAGUGGGAGCAGGCUGUGUGUGGGUCCAGGUCCCACUCUGGCCCCGUGCUCCACAGCAGGCCCCUGAGGACUCAGCACUCCCCAGAAAAUGCAGCCAGAGAGAGGAGCAGGGUGCGUAACCUGCGGCAGGCCUUCCACAGCCUACAGGCAGCUCUGCCUUCAGUCCCACCUGACACCAAGCUCUCCAAGCUGGAUGUUCUGGUUCUGGCUACAAACUACAUAGCACACCUGACAGAGACGUUGGACCAGGACGGGGGGGUGAUGGAGCACUCUGUGCCGCCCCGGCCGGGGGGGUACCUGCAUCCUGUUAAGAAGUGGCCCAUGCGUUCCCUCCUCUACUGUGGCUCUGUGGGAGACCUGCUGUCAGCCAAUCAGAGACCUCAGCACGGCCAUGACGCCACGCGCCCUCUGACACCAGACGAGCAGUGAAGACCCACCAUCCCUAGA